GCAAUAUUGUACGUCCUUGAGGACGCGAUUGAUAGAUGGCAGUUGUUUACACAAGAUUAUGUUAGCGAAUUGCUUUGUGUACCGAAUGACAACUUGAGGAUUAAAACGACUUCAAUAGGGCAAAUUUAGUAUUCAACCGACAAGUUCAUAUGCAGAAAGAAUAAUUAUGACAUACGAAAGCUGCAGCAUCUGCUGAGUACAAUUUCAGAGGGCUCUUUUUCAGAUGUCAAGCCACUAGCUGGCUAACGUUAGCUAUUUUGAACAUUGUUUUCACAUUUUCACCCAUUGCAAAAAAUGUCGCAGUAAUUGACGUUAUUAUUUGACAAAUAUGAGAAACACCAACCGUUUAAGAUCAAUUUUUCAUACUUUUGAACAAUGGUUACCUAGAUGGAGCUUGCAACACAGAUUGUGUUGUUCAAAGCCAGUCAGCGUUCAUUCAAACGAGGAGAGCAGGGCAGAAAAAUUCAAGACUCAAAUAGCCACAGGUCCAAGAUUUCAUGACUUUGUCAAGGGAGCUUCUAUCAACAAACAGCAACCUGUUAUCACUGAUGAUUUGAUAGACACUGACAAGCAUGCCUAUCUUCCUGAGGACUCAGAAAGUGGGAAUUCUAGGACAGUGUGUUUUGAAACCUAUGGCUGUCAGAUGAACGUCAACGACACAGAAAUUGCCUGGUCAAUAUUGCAGAAGAAGGGAUAUCAACGCACAAGUGAUGUCGCUGAGGCUGAUGUUGUCCUCCUUGUUACAUGCUCCAUAAGAGAAAAAGCCGAACAAACAAUCUGGAACAGACUACGGCAACUCACAGCCAUGAAGAAAAGACGCUUAAAGACCCGCGUACCCAUGAAAAUUGGAGUCUUAGGUUGCAUGGCCGAGAGGCUGAAGUCUGAGCUGCUGGAGAGGGAGAAGCUGUUGGAUGUUCUGGCUGGUCCAGAUGCAUACCGGGACCUUCCUCGGCUCCUGUCUGUGGCCCAUGGUGGUCAGCAGGCUAGCAACGUGCUGCUGUCUCUAGAGGAGACAUAUGCUGAUGUCAUGCCAGUUCACCACUCCCCCCAGGGUUACAGCGCUUUUGUGUCCAUCAUGCGAGGAUGUGAUAACAUGUGCAGCUACUGCAUUGUCCCGUUUACUCGAGGUCGAGAAAGGAGUCGACCAGUGUCCUCUAUCCUUGAGGAAGUCCAUAUCCUGUCAGAGCAGGGCGUGAAGGAGGUGACCCUGUUGGGUCAGAAUGUGAACAGCUACAGGGACACAUCAGAGGAACAGUUCUGUAGUUCAGAGCCAGGCCAGCUGAGCCGGGGCUUUAGGACGGUGUACCGAUCCCGGCCCGGGGGCCUGCGCUUUGCUGACCUGCUGGACAGAGUGUCCCUCAUAGACCCGGACAUGAGAAUCAGGUUCACCUCCCCUCAUCCCAAGGACUUCCCUGAUGAGGUGUUGCAGCUGAUAAAAGAGAGGGUGAACAUCUGUAAGCAGAUCCACCUCCCGGCUCAGAGUGGCAGCAGCACUGUCCUACAGGCCAUGCGGAGGGGUUAUAGUAGGGAGGCUUACCUGGAGCUUGUGGAUAACAUCAAGAGAAUAAUCCCAGGGGUGAGCCUGAGCAGUGACUUCAUCUCUGGGUUCUGUGGGGAGACAGAAGAGGACCACCUGCAGACCCUGUCUCUGAUCAGGGAGGUGCGCUACAACGUGGGCUUCCUCUUUGCCUACAGUAUGCGGAAGAAAACCCAUGCGUUCCAUCGUCUUCAGGACGACGUGCCAGCGGAGGUGAAGCAGCGGCGGCUCGAGGAGCUCAUCUGCAUGUUCAGGGAGGAGGCCACCAAGGUCAACUCCGCCCUCAUCGGCAGAACACAGCUCGUCUUAGUGGAGGGAGAGAGUAAGAGAUCAGCUCAGGACCUGUGUGGGAGGAACGAUGGGAACGUGAAGGUGAUUUUCCCUCGGCAGGAAGUGGCUGGUCAGCCCACUGACACACACACUUCCCCCAUCAACCCGGGAGACUAUGUCCUGGUCAAGAUAGAAUCAGCCAAUUCCCAGAGCCUGAGAGGACACGCCCUCAGCCACACUUCUCUGAGUGACUCAGCCACACGUUUACCUGACCACCGCCAUGCCGGUCAACUGGCUUCAGUCGCUAGAUAGGGUGUCUAGUCCUCUGUACCCUGAAAGUGAGUGUGAAGUGGACGUCUUCUGUGGCACCACGACGCAGAUGUAACAUCGACAAAGAUCCAAUCCAGAGACAACUGACUGAAGAAGACUUGUCAAAUUAAAAUGUAAAAAAGUUUUAUUGUGAUUUGUUUAAUUAUACAAAUAUAUUAAUUAUAAAUUGGACAAAAGUGGAAUACUGCAAUGAUUGAAUGAUAUUUAAGAAUGUGGUGUAUUGCUAUGUGUAAUACAUGUAGAUUUUUAAAUGUUAA